UUAAAGUUGAGUUUCGUGUCUGGAAGKGACGUUACCACGAAGCGGAGAAAAAUUGAAGGAUACUCGCAGUUUUUAAAGUUUGUUUACACCGUUUCUAUGGAAGUUCAGUAUUUCUAGGCUUGUACAGCAGCUGAAUGUCUAACCUUAUUUGAACAUGGAGAGUUCCCCCCGCGGGCUGAAUCAAUUCUGUGCCAUAGCUCUGUCAGAAAUAUCUCGUACCUUCUAUUGUCUACGACAUCCAAAAAUCAUUAAUAAAUCAUAUGAAGUUUAGCAACGACUUUUUUGAAUAUAUAUUGGUUUUAUUUUUUCUUAUGAACUUAGCAACUGUUGCGAGUAAACUCAAAGCGAGUGGGAAAUAUUUUUAGAAGACAAGUAGUAUUGGUGAAACUCCUYGAAUGGCUUCUUGAUCAAAAGACAGAAAAAAAUUGAGUAAAUAUAUUCUUAAAAGUCGUUUAAGAUGAUGGGAGAACGUUUAAGACUCUGUGCAGCCUGUAGUUUACCAAGUCCUGGCCCUACGAAGAGAUUGUAUUACCAGCAUCGAGAUUAUGGCCCAUUUUUCCCGAUUUUAGAAGAACAACGAAGAAAAUCUAACGGUUAUCUCUUCAGUGGAGGGAGAGUUGUUGUUUGUACAGGAUGUGCGAGUCAUCUUCUAAGACAGUGGGCUUUCUACGAGAAAAACUGGACGCCUCUAGAAAAGCGGACCUACACUCUUUUAUCAGAGGAAAGAAUGGCGCGAAAGGCGAAGAAAGACAGUUUUAUGUCUAAGGUUUCCAUGGGAACCGACAAUGGCUUCGUCGAACUAAACGACCAAGAAAACCACUUAUCAAAAACAGCAAGCAAAAUUAGCUCAAGGGACAGAGAUUUCAAGGGUUUUAACCAAGAAACCAUGAGCGAUAAGGUGAAUUCUUCAAGCUUGAACGAAAGGCUCUCGCCACAGAGUUUCAUUAGCGAAGGGAAUGCUCCCUUCCGACGAGCCUUGAAAAAGGUUUCUAAGCAAAACACCAGAAUUUUGGCAGAAUAUAACGAAGCGAAUAAGCACUCGGACUUGUCUACUUUGCAGACUCUGGAAAAAUCGGAAGAGUGGAAUGGCGAAGAGCGGAUGGAUUCGAAAAAAGGUCGUUCACACGCUCUUUGGAAUUUACCGAGUGAGGACAUUCGUUCAAAAGUUCGUGAAGAACUUGAGGAAAAUAUUGAUGUUAUGAUACGGAAAGUCGCUGAGAUUCAACAUUAUGAGAAUUUGAGACGGUACGAGCUAGAGUUGAAAGAGGCGGCGGAAAGAAUGUGUAAAGUGCAGGACAGCAAAGGAGACAUUGAUCGGAUGUGUCAGAGUCUCAAGUCACAGUUGCAAGAAGAGUUAUUGUUUAGGGACACUUUGAGGGUUCUUAAUGAAGAGGGGAAAGAUAUCAAUGGUGGGAAAAAGGCUUUGAUGAGUAUUGAACCGCCUGCCUCGAUUCCACCAGAAAGUCACUCAAAAAAGCAUCAAUCAAAGCAGAGGCUGACAGGAGUUACCAAUGCAAAAAAAGCGGGAAAGGAAUGGAAAGGAAAGACGGUCAGGAAGAAAUUGAGGGAAAAAGCUUCCGUGAGUGAACCGACUGAGAAUAGCCUGGCACUAGUUCCAUGCCCCACCGAGGAGGAGAGUGGUACGAGCAGCCGAAAUGACGCCGAACGGGCAACGAGUGCUUCACGAAAGCUUGAUACGGUUGUUCGAGAGUUGGAGAAAGAACGCGAAUGGCGAAAGAGAACAGAGGGUAUUAUAGUACAGCAAAGAGAAAUGAUUGAAGAGCUUCGCAACGGGAUUCAAGGUGAAGUCAAGCGUUUAAUUGAGGAGCAGAAUAAAAGAUACCAUGAAAUAAAAGCAAAUGCUGGAAAAUCACCGAGGCGUCAACAAACCCCUGGACCUAGAGCCAGUCCUAACGGYCAUUCCAGACCGAGCCAGUACAAGACCCCCUACAUUAGCUUGGACAGGGCGUCAUCAGUUGACCAUGAUGCAACGCGAGACGGUGAAGAAAGAAUGAUAUUACGUGAGCGACGACGACGUCAACGAAAAGACAGAUCACGUGACCAGUGGGAGUAUAAAGGGGAUGUUCCGUUAGCUGCCAGGAGUAAAAAGUAUGAUGAUGAUGAUAAGAGCAAGGGUCACGGGGAGGAUGAUGAUGAUGAUGGUAGUGGUGACGUCACGAAUGAUUCUGAUGAUGAUCGCUCUUCACCAGCCACUCCAGAGUACUACAUUCAAUGACUGGGCAUGUACGAGCAUGAUGAUGAUAUUAUUUGCUCAUAUUAUGGUGUUGGUGUUGAUGGUGAUCAAGUGAUGUUGGCAUGAUGAUGAUGGUAACUAAUGAAGAUGAUGGAGGUAAUGAUGGCCAUGAUGAUGAUAAUUAAUGAAGAAGAUGAUGGUGAUAAUGAUGAUGGCUAACAUGAUGAUGAUGCCGAUGCUACAUGGUACUUGGUUCUACAUUCAGGAUAUCACCCAUUGUAUACUCUCCUCUGCCUGUAUUGCACAUUCAUCAAGUGGCCAAGCAUGGYCUAUUCUACUCCACGAAACAAACUAAACUUACCCUGCGAGCAGAGUUUUUUUUCCUGACCCUCCGUGGAGCUGGCUGUCGGGGCCAGCCAGCUCCACUGAAGGUCAGAAAAAAAACUUCUGCUCGCAGGGUAAACUAAACUAAUAUAUAACCGUUAGAAAGCAUCAACCGGGGCAUUGUAUCACCCACACAAACGCUACGGACGCGUAUGAGAGGACGUGGGUUUUGCUUCGUUUUUUAACGUUAACAAGCCAUACAGAAUAUACUCUUCUUUCUGAGCCAGCUAUUCAGGACCGUUGCGUAUUUAUUAUAGUUUAUAAUGAAUUGAAGCAUGAACCGUUUUGUGACUCUGGAUUGUUCUUGGUAAUGAAUGUUUUCCCAUUUCAUACCACGUGUCGUUCUCUUGAGAACUUCUAUUUUUGAGUUGUAUAUUCAUGUGUCUUCUUAUGCACAGCCGUUAAACAAAGAAUUGAUACUCUAGGGAAUGACACGUUUUUUAUUCUUCUCAGUAUAUCAAUAGUCCUUUCUACCACUGACCUCUUUCUCUUUUACUCCGACGAAGGACUAGCGUCUGAAACGUCAGUAGGUUUUUUCAUCUUUUCACGGUGUACAAUUUACGCUUUUAUCAUUACUGUUUCAUUAGAAACGCCGACGCAGCUCACACUAGUUUUUAGCUAGUUAUCUCUUCUUGGAAUGACACGUGGUAAGGUAAAGAGGUCUAUAUGGAACAUGUUAUGGAACAUGGAUAUCGGUAAAAUGCUAACUAGGGUUCAAUCGCUGGAGCACAAGGCAGUAAAGUAGCGGCCGUCUUAUGAAAUGUGGUACUUCAUUCCCAUGAUGCAUUUCACCUAACUAUUCAAUGCACAUGCGCAGUAGUGGAAAAGUAAAUAUAGAUAAAUAAACAGAAAAUAACAGGCUUUAA